UUCACGACCUCAAAAGUGGGUUCAAUCAGUAGUCGAUGUUGGUCGAUGCAAAGGCUGCUGUUGGUUCCUUUCAGCCUUUUCAGCAUGUAUCGCACGCGGCCAUGCAAAAGUUCGAUCUGGAUCUGUUGGAUCCUUUCUUUUCUUUCCGCCUUGGUCAUCACAUCGUCGGACUGCUUUCAAUCGUUUCAAGGCUACACACAAAGAAAUCAAAGAAGAGUCAUUCGGAGUAGGCUCUGUGGAGCUUCAACAGGCUUUCGACAUGUUCGAAGCUUGCAGAUCUUGCAGAUGCACAGAAUGCAGAGAAUGCAGAGAACGCAGUGCCUUUCACGUGGAGAACUGAUGGAAGAGACAAAGAUGCUCAGGGAGACUUUGGGAAGUCUGACUCAGGAGGUCCGCCUUUUGCGAGAGCUAUUGGAUCCUCCCAACACUGCACUGGCUGAAAAAGUGGAGACCGUCACUACCCCUGUGAGCCAUCCAGAACAAGAUGCUCCAGCGAGGAAAGAAACGACAGCUGUGAAGGGAGAGGAAUCUAGACAGAGAGCUACAAAGAGCCCGCAGCGGAUCGGGACGACAAACCUGAAAGUGGUGAGUGCUGGCGGCGAUGCAGGUGACAUUGCAGACUUCUUUGUUGAGGACCAGAAAGUGCCUAUUGGUGGAAUGUCAAAUCGGCGUGGCCUCAAUGUAGUGAUCAUUGAUACAUCUAUGGGGCAGGUAUUGUCAGCAAAGACAUAUGAUAUUUGGGGAAAUCCAAUGGAAGAAAAUCGGCGACUGGCCAAAGAUUUCAGGGCAAUAGAGGAGGACAGUAUUGUUUUGGUGGCUUUGAAGGAUUCUGGCAUGGAGAAUUUGGACGGGGAAGCCUUACACGCACUGCAGUCAAUUGGGUCAACCUUGGAAGGCCGUUUGGCCUUCAGACAAGGAUACGCCCUCAUAGGUGUCAAAGAUGGUGAGGCUUUGGCCGAGCGAAAGGGUCCUAUGGUUAUGGCUGAGGCCAAGCUGAAAUUUGCAGUUCGACCACCCCAAGCUCCUGUGCGAGCUUAGUCGCUUAGCCAGCUCUCGCUGCUCUCAAGAUUCCAACGAGAUUCCAAUGAUAGGGUGAGCGCAUGUGAGCUAGGGCUAGGACCGUUGUGUAGAGUAGUUUGUGUCAGUACAUCGCAUUCGCAGCUCAAGAUUGCGCAAAGUUAGCCUGCACUGACGCAUUCAGAUGUAGUGUCACCAUGGUUUCAGGAGGAGAUUGACAAGAUAUUGUGG